CCGAGUUGCCACUCGCCACCGAUGAUAAACCCUAGUCCGGCAGUCCUUUCUUCUACUCUCCCGCGUCCUUCUGCUUGCCAUCACCUCCACUUCCAGCUCCGACAUCGGCCGACUUCCCGACAACCACCCUUGUGGAGAGAUGGCAACCAUGGUUUCUAUGGCGGAUAUCGAAGCGAAGGCCAUGGGGCUCGGAAUCGACCUUUCGAAGGUGGAUUUAGACGCAAUAAGGUUACCUCCAGGCGAGGAUUUUGGUGUCAAGAGUGAUGAUGAGGAUGUUCUUCGAGAAGAUAAUCUGGAAUCCGAAAGUGGGCUUGGUAACAUAAUUAUUGUUGACAAUCUUCCGGUAGUUGCACCGGAGAAAUUCGAAAAGCUAGAAGGUGUCAUCCGGAAAAUUUACAGUCAGAUCUGUGUACUCAAGGAAGAUGCUAUUUGGAUGCCUGUUAACCCUGAAACCCAGAAGACCCUGGGUUAUUGCUUCAUUGAGUUGAAUACUCCUCAGGAAGCUGAGCUUGCAAAGGAGAAGACUCAAGGAUACAGAUUGGACAAAUCACACAUAUUUUCCAUAAAUUUAUUUGAUGACUUUGAGAGGUUCAUCAAAGUACCAGAUGAAUGGGCUCCUCCCGAGACCAAGCCAUGCACACCUGGGGAAAACUUACAGCACUGGUUGACUGAUGAAAAAGCCCGAGAUCAAUUUGUUAUUCGUGCUGGUAAUGACACUGAGGUUUUAUGGAAUGAUCCUAGGCAACUGAAGCCUGAGCUUGUUUAUCGACGUACUUUUUGGACUGAGAGUUUUGUUCAAUGGUCCCCACUAAGCACAUACUUGGCUACGGUUCACAGGCAGGGUGCAGCUGUUUGGGGAGGUGCAACUACCUUUAACCGUCUAACGCGUUUUGCUCACCCACAGGUUAAACUCAUUGAUUUCUCUCCUGGGGAGAAAUACUUGGUCACCUAUAGCAGCCAUGAACCAAGCAAUCCACGUGAUACACAUAGGGUUGUCUUGAAUAUUUUUGAUGUAAGGACCGGAAAAGUUAUGAGAGAUUUCAAAGGCAGUGCAGAUGAGUUUGCAACUGGUGGAGCUGGGGGUGUCUCUGGAGUGUCAUGGCCUGUUUUCAGAUGGGGUGGUGGAAAAGAUGAUAAAUAUUUUGCUAGAAUUGGAAAAAACGUGAUAUCUGUCUAUGAAACAGAAACAUUCACCCUUAUUGACAAAAAGUCAUUGAAGGUUGAAAAUGUCUUGGACUUCAGCUGGUCACCUACUGAUCCUAUCAUUGCACUCUUUGUUCCAGAGCUAGGUGGUGGGAACCAACCUGCUAGGGUAAGCCUUGUUCAAAUUCCUGGAAAAGAGGAGCUGAGGCAGAAGAAUCUCUUUAGUGUUAGUGACUGCAAAAUGUACUGGCAAAGCAAUGGGGACUACCUUGCUGUUAAGGUUGAUAGGUACACGAAAACAAAGAAAAGCACAUAUACUGGCUUUGAGCUUUUCCGGAUAAAAGAACGGGACAUCCCCAUUGAGGUUUUGGAGCUUGAAAAUAAGAAUGACAAGAUUGUUGCCUUUGCAUGGGAACCAAAAGGCCACAGAUUUGCAGUUAUCCAUGGAGAUAGCCCAAAGCCUGACAUAAGUUUCUACUCAAUGCGAACUGCUAACAACACAGGCCGGGUCUCAAAGCUUAUAACUCUCAAAGGCAAGCAAGCCAAUGCUCUCUACUGGUCUCCUGCUGGACGCUUCAUUAUCCUUGCUGGUCUCAAAAGUUUUAAUGGACAACUGGAAUUCUACAAUGUUGAUGACCUUGAGACGAUGGCAACCGGAGAGCAUUUCAUGGCAACUGAUAUUGAAUGGGAUCCUACUGGAAGGUAUGUUGCAACUUCUGUUACCUCAGUUCAUGAGAUGGAAAAUGGAUUUAACAUAUGGUCCUUCAAUGGGAAGCUCCUAUACCGGAUACCAAGGGACCAUUUCUGUCAGUUCUUGUGGCGACCAAGGCCACCAUCUUUCUUGAGUGCAGAGAAAGAGGAAGAGAUUGCAAAGAAUCUGAAGAAGUACAGUAAGAAAUAUGAGGCAGAGGACCAGGAUGUUUCGUUGCUCUUAAGUGAGCAGGACCGUGAGAAGCGAAGGUUGCUGCAGGAGGAAUGGGACAGAUGGGUGAUGCAAUGGAAGCAGUAUCAUGAGGAAGAGAAGUCAUACAGGCAGAUACUGAGGGAUGGGGAAGCAAGUGACGCGGAGGAGGAAUAUGAGGCAAAGGAAGUUGAGGUUGAGGAAGUGUUAGACGUUAAAGAAGAAGUUGUCCUUUACGAAUUGGAACAAAACUAGUGCAAGAGUUCCAAGUGUCAUUUAACUUGUAUCAUUAGUUAGAUUCCUUAAUUUAUAAUACCAUACAAAGCAAAUUGAGGGCUUAGUGUUGUGAAGCAACCCGAAAAUUUUCCUUCUUAGAGGUCUUCAGAGGGGGGUGGAGUCUUUAUUUUUUUUUAUUAGUGUUAGAUAGAUUCCUUCAUUUGUUUAUUAAUGUUUAGCUUAAAAGAACAAUUUUUCAAGAUUGUAAAUCUUGAAAUUCGCUUAGCUUUUUUUUUUUUUCCGGAAAAUGUGGGGCGUUUGUAUGUCCGGUUUUUCAUAUUGACUUUGCACUUUGCUCGAUUGUAUGUCAGACUGUUAAACCGUUGCCCUUGUAAUAACUAAUACUUUUGAUGAGUCC